ACGUGCCCGGCCGCCCCGCCCCCUGCAACAGCCUCCCGCCCGCCUCCGCCGCCGCGGUCUUUAGAGCUUAGGGUCCCGCCGCGCGACUGCCCGGAGCCCUCGGGGGAGCGCGGAGCGAGGCGGGCCGCGGGCGGGCGAGCGAGCAGGCCGGGGGCCGGAGCGGCGGAGGAGGAGGCGGCGGCCCGCCGGGCACUGAGCGACGCGGUCGACGCUCCUGAAAACUUGCGCGCGCUCGCACCACUGCGCCCGCGGCCGGAGCGAUGAAGAUGGUCGCGCCCUGGACGCGGUUCUACUCCAACAGCUGCUGCCUGUGCUGCCAUGUCCGCACUGGCACCAUCCUGCUCGGCGUCUGGAACCUGGUCAUCAAUGCUGUGGUACUGCUGAUUUUACUGAGCGCCCUGGCUGACCCGGAUCAGUAUCACUUUUCAAGUUCUGAACUGGGAGGUGACUUUGAGUUUAUGGAUGAUGCCAACAUGUGCAUUGCUGUUGCAAUUUCUCUUCUCAUGAUCCUGAUAUGUGCAAUGGCUACAUAUGGCGCUUACAAGCAACGCGCUGCCUGGAUCAUCCCAUUCUUCUGCUACCAGAUCUUCGAUUUUGCCCUGAACACCUUGGUUGCAGUCACUGUGCUUGUUUAUCCAAACUCCAUUCAGGAAUACAUACGGCAGCUGCCUCCUAAUUUUCCCUACAAAGAUGAUAUCAUGUCUAUGAAUCCUACCUGUUUGGUCCUUAUUAUUCUUCUGUUUAUUAGCAUUAUCUUGACUUUUAAGGGUUACUUGAUUAGCUGUGUUUGGAACUGCUACCGCUACAUCAAUGGCAGGAACUCUUCUGAUGUCCUGGUUUAUGUGACCAGCAAUGAUGCUACGGUGCUGUUACCUCCGUACGAUGACGCCACUGGGACUGGCGCUGCCAAGGAGCCACCGCCACCUUAUGUGUCUGCCUGAGUCGGGGAGUGGAGGCCGGCCGCGAGCAGCAGCUCCACUUGUCAGCCGUCUGAGCAAUAGUUCUGUUAUUUCACUUUGAGAUGAGCGCUCUGAACUUAUUUGUUCCUGAAAUGCUACAUUUUAAAAUUUAGAUGUUAAUUUGAAACCCCCUGUAGUUUUAAACAUGGUUUAGCUGGAAUACUGUGGUAGAUUCGCUGUAGAAUUCUUUGUCAGGGUGGGAGUGUAAUGGGCUUCACUAGUCUUCCCUGGGCACUGGAACUUUCCUAGAAUCGAGGUGGACCCUGAGGCAGAGAAGUCUGCUUUUGGACCUGCUGGGCCCCAAAUUGGGCAGUGAGUCAUACUUUUCUCUCUGUUCCCUCUUUCUCUUUUGAAAGUGUAAAAUAAAAUUAGUGCUUUUCUUAAACCAUUCCAGUUUAAGAACAAGCCCUUAUGAAAACAGGAAUGUUAAUUCUGUAAUCAUUGCUCUAAUUAAGCUAAUAGGAGUCCUUAUAUAUGUGUUACAGAAAUUUCCUUAAUAUCCUUUAUGACUUAAAUUCAAUGACAAUUUGCAUUUGCCAGUCAAGGAUUCUUCGUGGGCUGAAUUAAGACCAUUAGACAGUCCCAGGCAGCGAGAGCAAUGACUGUGACUGUUCUUGGACAUCUAGAGCCUGGGCCACGGGGCUGCCUGUCUCAUCUGUGCUAGGGGGUGGGACUGCCUUUUUUUGGCACUGCAGGGGUCUGGUAUUCCUUUUCUUCUGGUUUCCCGUCCGUGCCCAGGGCCCCUCUCACUAAGUGUUCUGCCUAGCCCAAUUCGAGCAGGACAUCCAGAUUACUUUAUCAAGUGGGGUUGGGAUAUAUUUGAUAAAUAUUUGCCUCAAAUGAAAAAAGGUUUUCUCCUCUCCCUGCCAGGUCCAUCUUGUUGCUUUGAACUUCCACGUAUGCCUAGUCACCUUUUAAAAUGUAAAACAGCUUUCAGAAAAAGGAUUGCUUUCGUUGUAUGCUCUUGACUACCUGAAUUGCAAGGGAAUUUUAUAUAUUCAUGUGUUCAAAAGUCAGCAACUCUUCUGUUGGUUCAUUAGUGGAUGUGCUGUAAAUGAUGCCUGUAGCAAUUAAAGUGAGAUUUGACCACAUCUAAGAAGAUAA